AUAAAAAGCCCAAAAAUAUUGCGUCUGCUCUUGAAAUUAUUGAUUAUGCUGAAUGUAAUAUUAACCCUAAUUUAAUUAAACCUAACCCUAAUCUAUCAACCAGCUGCCGCCGCAUAUCAUCUUCCUCGCAUCGUCCAGCUGCCGCCUCCGCCUAUAAUCUUGCUCACAUCGUCCAUCGCCGUUGUCUGUCUCUAUCAGCCAUCUGUCUCCUCUGCCGCAAGAUGAACAAGCAAAAGAUAUAAAAUGCAGCAGCAGUUGGUGGCGAACGGUGUUGAACGAGGAGUAGCGUUUGCAACAACAGUGGUGGAGGAUUGUUCGAUCUUCUUUGUAGCAGUGUUGAAUGAAAGCAGCAGCACCGAAGAACGACCUAAGGUGAAAGGCGGCAAGACGAGCAACAGAGGAGUAAGGCGGGAAGAUGAGUAGUGUUGAACAAAAAAGCUGAUGCUCGUCGGAGGUUUUUAGAUUUAAUUUUGCUGGUGGGUGUGGGUGGUUGCUAGUGGCUGUGGUGGCGUGGGUAGUUUCUGGUUGCUGUUAGGGUGGUUGCUAGUGGUUGUGGUUGUAAUCGUGGGUGGUUGCUGGUUGCUGCUAUGGUGGGUGUGGGUGGUUGCUGGUUGCUGCUAUGGUGGGUGUGGGUGGUUUCUGGUGGCUAUGGAUGGCGGUUCUGUCCCCUCCAAGAAGGAGAAGCUGACUUGGAAUUUUCAAAAGAGAAAAAUGACAUGGCAAAUAAGGAAUGGAGUGAGUCAGCAUCCGGUAGCCACGGUAGGACAAAUAUCGCCGGAAAUGAUUUAGAAACCACCCGGAAGUUCAAUAUUAGUAAGUAUAGUAACCAUUUUGUAAUGAAUUGAAAUUGGGUGACCAUUUUGCAACUUGGAAAAAGUUGGGUGACUCCAGAAUCUUUAACCCCUAAUCUUUCCAUGCUAUCAUAUCUUUACCUCUUUAGUUCUUUCUUUUCAGGCCAAGUUCCUUCAGAAAUUUCUAAUGGCUAUGGAAAAAUUGUCUUUUCUUGACUUGUCCAAUGCUUAUGGCUUCAUGUUCUUGGAUCUUCAAAUUCUUGAUUUGAAAGUUAUUCUCCAAAACCUGAUCUGUCUUGAAAAUCUUCAUCUUGAUUCUGUUAAAGUAUCUUCCCCAGUUCCUUUGAUGCUAGCAAAUAUAUCUCAGUGACAUCUCUCCAUCUCAGCAACUGUGGAUUACGUGGCGAAUUUUCAUUUCCCAUCUUUCACUUGCCAAAUAUUCAGUUUGCUCGCUUGGCAGAUAACCCAGAACUUAGAGGUCUGACUUUGAGUGAAGAACAAGAAACCUCAAGUCAUUGUGGCUUAGGAUUACAAGCUUUUCUGUCAGCUCCCUACCUCUAUAGGAACCUAAAUUCCUUGGAAUUUUCUUAUUCCAGUUACUGCAAAUUCAUUGGUGGGAUCACAAUUUCACUUGGAAAUCUCAGAAAACUUGUGCUUCAACAAUAUCAGUAGUGGACUGGUGGAAACUUGUCUUGGAUUCACAAGCUAUCCAGGCUCAAUUACUUGUCUCUCAAGAAAACCAAUUCUGAUUUGAUUUUAGGGAAAGCAAAUCAACAUCGAUCCAAUAUGUUUUCUUUGCAAGAUAAGCUGGAUUCAAUCAAUAUAACUCAAGUUUCUGAACAUAUUUUUUCGUUUGUAAGAACAAAUGUAUUGUGCUGCCACUCAUAUCUGAUAGCCUGACGGAUCACGAUGCGUCCUUCAAGCUCCUGCGGAGAUUCCAAUUCAGUGAAGGUGCAAGUGCAAUUGGUUGGAGAUCUCUAUGCCUGGCCGGUGCUAUGGAAGCAAGAGAUUCCAAUUCAUUGAACGUGCAAUUUGUUGGAGAUCUCUAUGCCUGGCCGGUGCUAUGGAAGCAAGGUAUCAGAUUUCUAACUAUUUUAAUCCAUUCUUAGUUUCUUAAAUCAGAUUACUUCUUAUAACAACAUGACAAUUGUGAGAAAUUGGUGGAUCUGUCAUAAAACUACCAACAUUACAGCUCAAUACAAAGAAAUAAUUGAUUAUUUUUGCUCUAUUUCCUUUCCAUAUAUAAGAGAGGUACCAUGGGUUAGUUUUAACAGCAAACUCAUUUGUGCAUUCAAAUCUCAUAGCUUUCUUUUGCAAAAACACAAAAAAACAAAUGGCUUCAUUUCAUAUUCGUUCUAUCAGUCUGCCCUCUAGAUCUCAUCCUCUGAUUGCAACUUUAGAGGAGCAACUUUGCAAGCUAAACACAUCACAAUCAUCCUUAUCAGUUGGCCAAAAAUUGAGUGGCUUAAAAGAGUUGUAUGAGUGUGUUGAUGAUUUGCUUCAACUAACUCUUUCCCAUGAGAAGCAGAACCAAUCCGUAGAAGAUGCAUUGAAUGGAUCCUUGAGUUUGUUGGAUAUAUGCAACAACACCAGAGAUUUUUUCUCACAAAUGAGGGAAUGUCUCCGGGAACUUGAAUUAUCUCUCCGGAGAACUAAAAACGGAGUUGAGGCAUACAUGGCAUCAAGGAAAACAUUGAAUAAGUUGAUCUGCAAAUAUCUCAGAAAUUUGAAGAAACAAGACAAGAGCAGCAAAAGUAACUCAGAAUCGGCAGAUAUUGCAGUCUUGCUAAAAAGUGUAGAGGAAAUUAGUAUUUCAAUGUUUGAAUCCAUCUUAUCUUUUAUUUCUCCACCAAAGUCAAAAUCAAAGCUCUCCAUUUUCUCAAAACUUCUGCAACCAAAGAGUUCGAUAUGCGAAGAGGAAGUUGAAACCAACAAAAUGAAGAAGAUCGAUGCUGAAUUACUCAUCUUGAAGUCCAGCAAUCAAACAGCAAAUAUAUUGAAAGAAUUAGGGACUUUGGAGAUGAGCCUUAAAGAAGCAGAGGAGGAGUUAGAGUGUGUUUACAGAAGAUUGGUCAAAAUUAGAGUCUCUCUUCUCAAUAGUCUAAAUCAUUAGAAGAUUUUAUCUAUCAAAAUUUUGUAGCAUACAUACAAUCUUACAUCAAAUUGUACAAAAUACAAAUAUAUAUAGAAACAUCAAAUGAAUAUACUCAGAUCUCUCUCAA